UCUGUUUCCAGUGAAUAAUCAAGAAGUUCCAAAACAGAUGUUUGGUAAACUGUCUUGGGCAACAUCCGGAGUGGCUGAUCUAUAACCCAGAACCGAAAGUAUUCACUGGAAACUGAAGGUUUUUUUGCAAAAUCAACAGCAAGGGAUAUAGGUAUUUUUUUGGACCUACAACACUUCUCGAGGGGUCUGGCUUGACCGCAGUGAUUUACGGACCGGGUAUUGAACUUUGUUCACCCCAGGCUGAAGGAGCCAUGGUCGAUCCUCCUGUUAUCAUUUGGGAACAUGAGGUUGGAAGUCUGCUCCGUUACGGAGACCUGAUCCCCCGUCUGGAGGACGCUUUGGGGAAGUUUUCUCGACGCGACAGCGCCGAGGUGAUCCAGCCUGUGCGCACAGUGGUGCCGCUGCAGAAACAUGGCGGCUUCAUGGGACUGAUGCCCACAUACAUGGAGAACGAUGGAGUCCUGUGCACAAAGUUUGUCUGUUUUUACAAGAGGGAGGAAAGCUCCACUUUACCUGCUGUUCAAGCUACAGUGGUUCUGUUGGAUCCAGAAUAUGGGAACAUCAAGGCUGUCAUGGAUGGGGAGGUCAUCACCGACAUGAGGACUGCUGCAGUCUCAGCCAUCUCUGCUAAGCUGCUGAUGUCUCCUGGAGCAGAGGUUCUCGCCAUCCUGGGGACUGGCAAACAGGCGCUAAGUCAUUAUAACGUCUUCACUGAAAUCUUUUCUUUUAAAGAGGUUCGUGUUUGGAGCCAGACAAAAGAGAGAGUUGAGAGGUUUGUCGACUCAGUCGAAGGUCCUGUAAGAGGAUGCAGCUCAGCAGAGGAGGCUGUGAGAGGAGCAGAUGUCAUAGUGACAGUAACUAGAUCCACUGAACCGGUGCUGUAUGGUCAGUGGGUCAAAGCAGGAGCCCAUGUGGCAGCUGUGGGAGCCUGCAGGCCAGACUGGCGAGAGCUGGAUGACAUGUUGAUGAAAAGUGCUGUUGUGUACACGGACAGUAGGGAGGGGGCGCUCUCAGAGUCUGGUGAUGUCAUCCUUUCGGGGGCUGAGGUGUUUGCAGAGCUAGGAGACGUUAUCAACGGAACAAAAUCUGCUCAAAGAGAGAAGACAACUGUCUUCAAGUCCCUGGGAAUGGGAGUUGAAGAUGCAGUGUCUGCUAAGCUAGUGUUUGACCAAUGGACAGCUAAAGCCACAAAAUCAUGAGUCUUGUUACUGAUUCCUGAUGUUUCAGUUUGAACUUUAUAAUCAUGAUGGUUGAGGCAAAUAUGAGUUUUUCAGGGAUAUUAGUUUACUACAAGGCAACACUUGUACACAAACUUGUGUUCACAUAUUUCAGUGUAAGAAAAAGCUGCUAAAAUAAAAGAUUCAGUUAUUUUAGGGAUUUUUACUCAUAUAAACUGUGGCUUACUGGAAUAAUGUUAAUUCUUAGUGAAUAUGAGUCAGUGACCUUAGAACUGAGUGACCAUAAAAAAAAUAUUUGAACCUAUGCUGACCAAAUGCCUUAAAUAGAGGUAAAUAUGAAUAAACAUUCAGUGUCUUAUGUGAUACAGUGACUAAAAAGUACAGCAAAGCUUUUCAAUUACGGUAUUCCAAGAUACUGAAUUUAGAUGUAAAACUGAAAAGAUUCAAACCAAAGCAAUGUGUAGAGAUCACACGAUUCCUCUGAGUAUUAUGUUCUAGUUUGUCAUCACUAAUGUCAUAGUCUUGCUGUGUUAAUAAACAUGAACAUUAUGUGUGAUUAACCCAGAAGUUAUGGUGUUAUGGGGAGAAAGUUAUGAUCUCUGUCAGUUUUCAAUUGAGAAUUAAUACAAAGAGGCCAAAACAGCAGCUGCCUAAAGAGAGACGGUACAGACCAGCAGGAGGAGCCGCCUUCACAAUCACCUUUAAGACUGCAGUCUUUAGAGCUGAAAAGCCUGUCUGAUAACACACACACACACACAUCAGCGGAAGGGAUCAUCUCUUCAACAUGAGGCAGAGACAAAGAGAUGUUUAGUCAUACAUGAGCUCCACUGAAGGAGGUUCUACGUCUAAACCACAGAUUCCCCACCUUAUUUACAACCAAUUAUUGUCAUUCCUGUCCUCUAUUGUAUAAAACAUGUAGCCUAUGCACUCAAUGACUGUCACUCUUUCUGUUUCACAUUGCACCUUAGUGUGCAGUGAGUUGAACAGGAGUCCUUGUACAAGUAAAUUUGAAUCUUAAAUAAAUUCUCAAUGGAAAGAAA